AAAAUCUCAGUAUUUUGUGUGGAAAACGCACAUCAAAUUCAAGAAGUGGCCUUGGAGAAAUAUUGCCAUUUGAUUCCCAGCAACCGGUCAGCAAGGCUCAUAGUCAUGGGGGUAUCCUUGGAAAGAGUGCAGUUCAAAUUUGCCUCCAUCAUUGGAGAGCUCUGCUCUGAGCCAUUGAUUUUGUCACAGUUUGCUGUAUGGGUAGAUCUGAAAAUGGCAGAGUACAAGGCUAAAGGAGCAAUGUCCCUGGAGUGCUCUGGGGAUAAGCCUGAGCCUUCAUGGAUGAAAGGAGUUAUCCCCUCUACUACCUCUUCACAAAUACGACAACCCGGCACGGAACAUACGGUGAUCAGUCAGAGGAAGGGCAUUGGUGUCCGUAAGGAAGUCGCUCAGGCUGCCAAAUCCACAUCGUUUUCUUCGAGUGCCAACCAGCUAUCUCAUUCCACAUCUAGUCCUGACCGUCUCUCUCCCGAACUUGUUAUCAUUAAAGAAGAGCCACACUCUCCAACGACUGAAGCUUAUCCAUUGUCAUUUCACCAGAAUACAGCAUCUCACUCUGUGUCAUUGCGCAAACGCUUGUCAGAAGACAUUCCUGAUCACAGUGGUUCAAGCAAACAUCAACGGACAUUUCCUUCAGCAGGUCAUGAACGCAUCACGGCGACCUCACAUUCAUCAGUCAAUCAAAGUCUUCUCUCUGUGAUCGGUGAGGAGGGGGCUGAGACAGCUGAGCAAAGGGACAUAAGUGUGUCAGAUCAGCCUCUGACUUUUGGCAGUUCUUCUGACAUGGAUCCAUCCACGUCAGAAUGUGAUCAAAACUGGACAGUACAGAGCAUUUCAGGGGUAAACAACAGUAGUACAGACUUUACUGACUCACAAGAAGACACUGCAAAUAGUGGUCAACCUCCCUCUGCCCAUGAAGGAGAAUUUCUUUCCGUUGUUCAGUCGGAACCCACGGUGAAUAUUGGAACGAUGAGAAAGACAGUGGCAGAUGUGAGAAAGUUCUUUCGUUGGCUUCAGCCGUUCGGAGAAUCGCGGCGACUAGAGGAGAUCCCGCCGACAGAACUGGAUGCCUAUCUUCAAGACUUCUUUGGAUCCGUGACAAAACGUGACGGAUCGCCCUACAACGCUAACAGUCUGCGAUACGUUCAGGCGAGUAUAGGUCGGUACCUUAAGGAAAGGUUCUAUCCGGAGAAUAUCACCACGUCACCGCUGUUCCGGAAAAGCCAGCAAGCCUUGGAGAGGAGAAAGAGAGAACUAAAAGAACUGGCAGCGAAUCUACCGAAGCCCGUGUUGGUUCUCCCAGUGUCCAGUAGUGGCAGUGUUCUAACCCAUGAAUCGGACAUGUCUUUCGUUAUAACUGCUGAUGGGGACAUCUAACUUUCGUUUCAGCUCAGAGAUCAGACACAUACUCACACGUUAUAUACACCUUACAACUUUUUAUGCGUAUUUUUUUUCUUUUAAAACCAGAGGUCAGUAUUGAUCACAUAGAUUCUGCGUUGUCCACAUCUCCCCGCCGAAAUUUAGACACGAGCUUCCCAGCAUUACCUCGAUAUUGUCCUUUCUCCCCACCAGCGAAGGCCGCGAGCAAGUUAUUUAAAUUGAGGAGGAAAAUAAAGGACGUCAUUUUAUCUUAGAGCGAAAAUGCAGACAAUCGCUGUAAAACUGUUUUUACCAUUUUAAAAUAUAUUUUGUUACCAUAUGUAUGCUUUCAUGAUCAUGGAGAAAUAUAUUUCCUUU